GGAAGCGAGAUGUGAAUACUAAGCAGGCACCUCAUGGCUCAGCAUCAGCACCGGGUUGAGUUAGGAUUUGCGCACCCUCCAAACUUGGCUUGGGACCUCAGCAUGUGAACGGGUUUUGCAGGAGGAGGAUCCACCUAGAAUGUCAGCUCUGAAGAAGGUGUUGCCAGGCAUACUGCAGAAGCAUUGCUGUAUCUUACCAGACAGAAACACAGGUGUGAAGAGGUUGCUGAUGAAAUUGAAGAGCAGGGAGAUAUACUCAGAAUCACAGUGCACACUGUGUGGUGAACCAGAAGCGUCAUCAGCUCACAGUUUUAACGAAGAUGGCAAACAAGACCAGCAGUAUUCAUGGUCGCCCUCGCAGUACUUCGAUGAGGACAGCUACUCCCCUCCACCCAGGAACAUGAAGGGUCUCUCUGGCGGCCGCCCUGCCCAGCUCCAGCUCACCUCUCCCACCUCAGCCCACACCUGCGGCCUGGCUGACUGCGACCAUUCCCUGGACCAUCACCUCCACCAUGGCAACUCACGGCCCCCCUCCUACCUCCUCAGUCCCACUGAGAGCUGCCCCCUUGAGAGUCACCAUCGCUGCUCCCCUCGGAGCUCCAUCCACUCUGAGUGCAUGGUGAUGCCAGUGUCCAUGUCAACCACCGACCACUCCAUCUCUAGUAGCACUUUCCCCCGCAUGCACUAUGGCAGCGCUUCGCGGGACAGCGGUGGCAACACUUCUGGCGGCAGGGAAUCUCGAGAUGACGGUGGAUCAUCCUCACAUGGUGGCAGCGGCAAAAUGAACCGAAUCCCAGCAAACCUCCUGGACCAAUUUGAGAAGCAGAUGCCGUUACACCGGGAUGGCUUCCACACACUGCAGUACCAACGCACCUCCACCACAACCACAACCACAGAGCAGCGCAAUGAAAGCCCUGGGCGAAUACGCCACUUAGUCCACUCGGUACAGAAGCUCUUCACAAAGUCACACUCUCUAGAAGGGUCCUCCAAGAUGAACGGUACCAAAAGCGACUCCCACCGGGACAACUCACACCACCACCAUCACCACCACCAAGGCCACCACAAACACAGCAAACGCAGCAAAAGCAAAGAACGUAAAUCUGAAGGCAGUGGCAAGCAGCGCUCGGGAGGUUGGUGGAGUUCUGAUGACAACCUGGAUAGCGACAGCACGUACAGAACACCCAGCGUCAUGUCACGGCAUCCAGUGGACCACAUCAGCCACUGCUACCCUGACUCAAUGCAUGGCCACCUGUCUGGAGACCUGUCGCUAAAGACCUCCAAGAGUAACAACGAUGUCAAGUGCUCAGCCUGUGAGAGCAUAAGCAUGGCACCAGAGGGAAAGUUCAUGAAGAGGAGUUCCUGGUCAACACUAACAGUCAGCCAAGCCAAGGAGGCCUACAGGAAGUCCUCACUCAACCUGGAGAAGCCCAUGACGCCCACCGAUCUCAAGCCCAACAUCAGGCCCUGUCACUAUCUACAGGUGCCUCAGGAUGACUGGGGGGGUUACCCUGGUGAUGGGAAGGAUGAUGAGAUCCCUUGUCGUCGGAUGCGAAGCAGCAGCUACGUUAAAGCCAUGGGGGACGAGGAGAGUGGAGAAUCGGACUCCAGCCCCAAGACAUCGCCUCAGAAGUCUGUGCGGCCUGACGCCCUGGUUAAGGCCAUAAUCAGACCCAGAGACCUGCUGGACUCCCAGAGCUCUUACCGCCUGGAUAAAAUCAACAGUGACAUGCGUAACUACAUCACCAAUUUUGCUGCAGACUUAAGUCAGAGCUACCACUUGCAAGCCACCAGGGACAUGCACCCAAGCAUUGCCCUGGAUCCCUCUGCCAACUACAACUCUCCCAAGUUUCGCUCCAGGAACCAGAGCUAUAUGCGGGCCGUCAGCACCCUCAGUCAGGCUAGCUGUGUUAGCCAAGUGAGCCAGGUGAGUGAAACAGAAAUAAAUGGCCAGUUUGAAUCAGUGUGCGAGUCAGUAUUCAGUGAGGUGGAAUCUCAGGCCAUGGAGGCCUUGGACCUGCCUGGCUGCUUCAGAACCCGAAGUCACAGCUACCUGCGAGCCAUCCAGGCUGGGUACUCUCAAGAUGAUGACUGCAUUCCCCCGAUGGCCUCCACUGUCACCUCCACCAUCAGGUCUACCACAGGGAUCCAGUUCUGCCUCCCCUCCACCUGCAGCAUUGAUCGGACUCCCCAGCAAACCCCAGCCAUCACCUACACACCCAAUUACAAGAAGACCCCUCCUCCGGUCCCGCCCCGUACCACCUCCAAACCCCUCAUCUCCAUCACGGCCCAGAGCAGCACCGAAUCCACCCAGGACGCCUACCACGAGGGAAGGCACCCUCAUGGUGGAAUGUGGGCCCCUGACGGCCUCAGCCUGGGGCUGGGCCCAAGCAGGGCCCUCUAUAACUCCACUGACAGCCUGGACAGCACCAAGGCUGUGACCAUAGCCAUGGAGGCGGCUGGGGUCAUGGCUGGAAAAAGACACCCGUCCACAGACAGCCACAGCUCGGUGCUCACCUGCGAUAAGGCCAUCCUGGUGUCCAAGGCUGAGGAGUAUUUGAAGACACCUCGAUCCUCUAUAGGGAUACAGGUGGAAGCAGCCACGGACUCUGAAUCUGAAAGCAAAGGCUUGCGGGAGUACCACUCUGUUGGGAUCCAGGUGGAGGACAACAAGAAAGGACAGGGCAGGUUUAAACGCUCAAACAGUGUGACUGCAGCUGUGCAGGCUGACAUGGAGUUGGAGGGCUUCCCCAUCAUGGAGGACAAGGGCCUGCAGUUCGGCGGGGGGUUCCAGCGUCACUCAGAGCCCAGCACGCCCACCCAGUAUGGAGCAGUGCGAACCGUACGUACCCAGGGGCUCUUCAGCUACCGUGAGGAUUACCGUACCCCUGCUGAACCCCCUAGCCCCAGGGAGACCACCAGCGAGAACACUUGGCAGCUGGAACCCCCUUCCCCACGGGAGAAUGCGGCCUCGUCAGGCGAGUCGGGCAGGGCAUCCCCCUCCCUGAGGAGGGACGGGAGCUGGUUCAUGCAACUGCUCCACACGGAGACCAAGAGGAUUGAGGGCUGGUGUAAGGAGAUGGAGGCAGAAGCUGAAGAGAAUGACCUGUCAGAGGAAAUCCUAGGUAAAAUCCGGAGUGCAGUGGGAAGUGCUCAGCUGCUCAUGUCUCAGAAAUUCCAGCAAUUCUACUGGCUGUGUCAGCAAAACCUGGACCCCAGUGCCAUGCCGCGGCCCACCUCUCAGGACCUGGCUGGGUUCUGGGACCUACUGCAGCUAUCUAUCGACGACGUCACCGUGAAGUUUGACCAGCUGCAGCAGAUCAAGAACAACAACUGGAGGACCAUAGACAGCCCAGAGAAGAAGCCACCAGCUCCCGUACCAAAGAAGACAGUUCGACAGAAGAGUGUGAUAACGAGGGAGAAAUCCCUGGACCUCCCUGACAGACACCGGCAGGAGGCCCGUCGGCGGCUCAUGGCCGCCAAGCGGGCAGCUUCCUUCCGGCAGAACUCAGCCUCGGAGCGAGCAGACAGCAUUGAGAUCUAUAUUCCUGAGGCUCAGACUAGACUUUGAGAAAAUAGGGUCCGGGGCCGACACGUCUCCGUGCUCCCACAUUCAAACAACUUUAAAACUAGCCUUUUUUCUAGACUGCUACUCUCUCUACUCUUCCUUUAUCCAUCUGUUGUCUGAUCUCAAUAGCCAUCCUCAGUGCCCAUCGCCAACACCAUUGGUCUGUAGGAUGUGCCAAGCCUCUUCUCCCAUUGCCAGAAUAAGUGUUAGCAGAAAUGUAUGUCUGACAUGGGUCAGUUGGGUUUCUCCUUGGUUUGCUGGUGAUCAUGAUACCCAGCCUACAAGCUCUCUCAUCCAAUGUCCUGGAUGGGUACGUCUGUAGUUUUUCAGCAUUUGCAAAGUGCCAUUUAAAAAGUGCAGCUUUGAAAACCUACCAGCAACCAGGCCUCUGAGCUAAAAAGAGUAAAUGAGAGAAAAAUUAUAUUUAUUUCAAGUUGUUCAAAUAUGGUCAAAGUUAGUAACCCUUCAGUAUUUUUCAAUAAUUUAAGGUGACAUUAUGAUUAUGCUUUUUGUUUCUCUGGUCUUUUUUGGAGUAAAUGUUAAUUACAAGCUAAAUAUCACAAAUUGUUGUAAGUUUAAAACUUUUAAAAGUGCCAAUGCUUGAAAUACCUCAACUAUGUGCAUGUGGCACUGAUCACCCAUUCAAGGUUAUUCAGGCAGCCCUUAUAAGCUCUGGACUGGUCAGUGUUGAAAAAUGCAGCUUUCUACCCAAUCUGGUUGUAGUCAAACAUUUUUCUUGGUCUGGAUUGGUGGAAGAAUGACAUCUGUCAGCUCAUUAACAUGCACAUUUCAAACAACUUCCCUAUAUAUCUCAUGUUCCUGUUGCCAACUUUCAAAUAUUGACAUUUACUUGAAGCUGAAAACAUGCAAGUCUUGUGCCAACAUUUUCAUUAUGUCAAUGCAGUAGAAAAAACUUCAAGGUUUGUGUAACUCCUUAGAUCAAAAUGUGUAGACAAAUGCACUUAUGCACUUAUUACAAUUCUCUCUAUUUCCAAGGGAAAUGUACAUACCCAAGUUCACAAUAGUACUGUUGUAUUUUUGAAUUGUGAGCGGGAAGAAUAUUCAUCGUGUAUAUCUUUUUUCCCUCAUGUCUUGCUUGCCUGCCCUCUCUAUUGCUAUUGGCAAAUCUAGGUUUGUUGCAUCCAUACAGUGGUUGAUCACACAUGCAAAAUCACACUGCUGUGUUUUCAUCUAAUAUACUUCUCUCAGGCCCUAGCGCCCUCAGCCACAGUUAAUGAGGAGUGAUAGAAAAACUGCCAAAACAAAAACAAAAUAUCUGCAUACUAGUUUCUUUAGUCCAAGAAAUAGCUUGUAAUCUUCAUAUUUCUUGAAAAGUUAUGCGUUGCUGGAAGCAGUAUCAUAACUACAUUCACUCCCUCUAGGAAAGGCUGGGAAAUAAUGAAACAAAAUUGGGGCAUAGGCAAUCCAGGGGGAUGCAAGCAGCAAAUCCCAAAUAACUAAAACUUUCUUGCUGAAAGGAAAUACAUGAGGAAUAGGGUAUUAACUGUCUGUGGCUAUGCAGACCACUUUGUGAUAUUUUGUCAAAAUAUGAUGUAGUUAGCUCAAUAUUAUCAUUUGCCUUUGAUUCCCAUCACAGUGUUCAGAUGUACCAAUUGCACCAGCUCUUCGUAACUUCAAACUUAGCCUACUAAUAACUAGAGAUCAAUAAAUUAAAAUUGGUUGACCACACAAACUAUUUCUGUGCUGUAGUUGUUGUAAAAUACGAACACACACUAACUGCCAGGUGUAUCUGCAACCUAGUUAACUCAACCAACUGACACAACUAAAGUUAGCUUGCUAAUUUAUGACCUGUUUAGAUUGAGGAGUGAUAGAGUUAAUAUUGUAUAUAUCACCUGACACUUGAUCAAAAUAUCUUCUUAUAGCAAUGUGUAUUGUACUGAUUUUAAAUUCCAUUUCAUGAACACAUCUCAAAUUACAUAACGGUAUACUAAUGACACACAGGCUGAAUGACUAAAUGUGUAAGUAAGUUAGUUAGUUAGUUAGUUACCAUUGUGAACUGCAUGAAUACUGCUAACUCUCACAUAUUUGUAAUUUAAAUUGCCUAAUGCUUACUAGCUAAGUCAUUUUUUAAAAAGUUUUUUGUGUAACCUGAUUUAGUAAAUAUCUAGUUUAGGACUUUACAUUAAAACUGGAUUUACGAAUAGCUGGUGCAGCCCAAUCAUGGUACUGAAUGUUACGUGAAACUAAAAAACUUAAAGUUAUGGAUGCUUUGACACAAGUCUCCAUUGGUCAUAGAAUUUACUUCCAGGUGGUUGUAAUUAAAUUGCUCAUGAAGAUAAACUCAUCUUGAGCAAAAGACAAAAUUCUGCUGCUCUUUGUUGUCAGACUUCAGUGCCAGUAUCUUGAACAUCAGUCCUCAUUGUGUUGCCAAUGUUAUAUUCAAAUCACUGACCUAAAGACUGAAGUCUAUUGGUAAAAUCUUUGGAUAAUCAACCAACUAAAUGGUGCUGCUUUUUAUUUAACAAAUACAGUACUAGACAAACAAUCAAUGCAACACAGUGUGCUGUCAGCUGAUUGAUACAUCACUUAAAAAUCUAUUUUUAUGACUUGAAAUUUUUGGUUAAGUGAUUGUGCCAGUGUUUGUUAUGGGUAGGUCCAGGGAGAUUUGUCAUAUAGCAGUAACAACAAAGUACAUUUCUCUGGAAUUGAAUAUUUUGUGUAUGUGUGUUUUGUGUGUGCAUCUUGUUUUUGUAGCACAGUGCUGACAUAUUCAGAAAAGAGAGGGUGAAUCUGGGGUCAGUGUGACUUGAUUUCCCUAUUACUACCCAACUGUGGCCUGACCUGCAUCUCUCUUUCACACACAGAUACACACACACAUGUUGUCCCUAUGUCAUCAGCACUUUAUUGGAACAUAUUUUAGAUAUCACAGCAUAGCAUAUAAUUUGCUGUUGUAUUUUUGAUCAAAUACAAUACAAAGCAAAGAGCUUAGACAUUACAUUUCAGAAAGCUAAGAAGUAUAUUCAGUCUGACAAAUAACCAAAGUCAGUUCAAACAUGCAGUGCCAUACUUAAAUUACAGAUCGGGCUUUUAAUAGCCCCCAGCCAAGUGUUAGAUUACACAUUUCUUUAAAAUCAUCCAUCUAUAAUUCUGCAUUUUUUUCAUUGCAGAGGCAGAGACCUUUAAGAGUAUGACAGUGGGUUUCUGGAAAGCGUCUGGGCGUGUGAUGCCAGGCAGUUGGCAGAGCAGAGACGUUCCCCUGCUGUUGCCACAGUGGCAGGCAGACGGGAGAGAGACAGACUCGGCCUGACAUAUGCUGGCUUAGAGGAGACGAGAGCUCCGCACUGAACCCCAAACUGCUGGUGUUGUAUGCUGUUGUGUAGCUGGAAGGCUGUUCUGUGAGAAUCGCUAGGCGCUGUGCUGGGUAUUUUUUAGCCUGCCUUUGACUAAGCAAAGCAGCUUAUGUAAGAUUUUGGGUCCUUGGUGAGAUCAAGCAAACAGCCUCCAAGGCCCUUCAAAGCUUGUGUUGAUAAAUGUAUUGCUGAAUAGUGGCCUAUACUGUAGAACUUAAGCAUCAGCACUACAUAUAUUUCUAUCAGUCUGUGCUGGGCUAGUUUCAUUGAAACAACAGAGGAGUUUCUCCCUUAUGCAAAUUGAUCAGGGCUGUGGAAAAAAAGUGUAUCCUAUAUAUUACCUUGGUACAGUUUUAAGACUCAUCUUUUGCUUCUCCAAGAGGCAUGAUUUGCAUAAUUGCAAUGAGACCGUUUUCUGAGUUAAACCAUGAACGGAUAAUUUUAAAUAGAAAUAUGGAAUCAGUUACAGAAGUCACGUGGGAGCAGAAAAUGUUGAAAAGGAUUUGUGCAAUAGAGACAUAGACUUUAGUAAAUUUAUAGCUACAGUCAGAGGUAAGAAAUGGGCUUCAAAGGUUGCAGAAAUCAUACAUUUCAUUUGAGAACUAGAACUGAAAAAUAUCUUGAUUCUCCUAUAAGAGUCUCUCAGAGCCAUUUUCUAAACUAUGAAUAAAAUAUCUUAUAUAUAAAAGCUGGGUCGAGUUUGUCGCCCAGUAAGAAUCAUUUUACGUCUAUGAAAAAUAGUUGGGUUUUUUUGCCUUUUCACACAUUUGUUGUCCAUUAAGGUUUAAACAGGCUCAUAGAUCAACAGCUGUGAGGGCCUCCUUACACAGUGUUCUUGUUGAAACUUAUUUAAGUGAGUGUUUUAUGUUGGAUUGCUUUGGCUGACGUACACUUGUGUGGUGUGCAUGUGCUGUGAGCAUUGGAGGAUUCCUCACUUGUCUGAAAGUAACUGUGGUAAUUAUUCAGUUUUGAAAAAAAUGUGGUAAUUUAACAGAUAGUCACUCACCAAACCUUUGUGCAAACCCCAAGGGCAGAACAUUGCACCAGUGUCACAUUAAAUGUCAUGAGGGCAGCAAUUAACUACAAGUGCCAUCUUUUUGACCUGUCCAGCAUACUGUAAAAUCAUUACUCUGCACAGCCAAAUCUCCAUCAACUUCACGUAAGCAAACCAUUCCUGCCAUCGCCUACCUUGUCUCAUUUCCAGUCACAUAUUUCUAUCACGUCAGCUCGUGUCUCGACAUCUGUGGCCUCACCUCUGGUACGACUGUCUAUCUGCUUUUAACUCUAGAAUCCAUUAUGUGAAAUAUUUCAAGGGGACUUUUUCGUAACCAUGCUGUGGAAAGAGCGUCAGCCUCACUGAGAUAGACUGAUACAACACUUCCUUGAACUUGGAAUGUGAAACCACUCUAUAAUUACUAGAUAAAAUGAAAAAGGUAGUUGUUUAGCUAAAACUAUUUUCAUCUCUUGUAUAUCAUAUCUAUAGUGAGGAUGAAUAUAAUGCCAAAUAUUCAUUAUUUGUAAAGAAAUAUAUAUAGAUAUAUAAAUAUAUAAUAUAUGCUUCAUUGAAACAUAACUAUUUUCUGCAUUUGCUCAUGUUUUGUUGUCAUUUUUACUUUGUUAUGGUUAUUUUAUAAGCUGAUAUGAUGGCAUGCGAAAUACUGAUUCUGAAUGUAGACUUAUUUAUUUAAUUUUUUGGUUUAAGAUUUUGACACUGUCCCACUGAUGUGUUAUGUAUUUAUUUAAGUCAAUCACAUAUGCAUUUCUCAAUGUGUUAUUUCAGAGCAAGUUACCGUAUCAUUGGGUUAUUUCUUUGAUUAUUUUAGUCAUUUGCAACAACAUAUGCAUUUUUGUUCAUUCUUUCCUAGCUGAGCUAUUGAAAGAUUUUGCCUCUUUGAGUAGUUUGAUCAUUGCUGAGGUCAUCCAGUGUAAAUAGUUCUGCAAUUAAAUUUUUGGAGAAAAAGUUUGGAA